AUGGAGAGAGAGAAAGAAUUAGAAGAAAAAGAUCAAUUGUUACAAGAAAAAACUGUCCGUCUUGAGAAUAGUGAAGGGGAAGUUUCAAUGUUACAGAGAAGUUUGGUCGUUAAUAGAGAGAAGUAUGAUGGCAUGUUUGAAGAUUUGCAAAAGAAAGUUAAUUUAAGAGAACAAGAACUAAAUGAUCAGUAUGAGAGAUUUGAUGAACAAAAACAAAAAAUAAGAGCAUUAGAAGAGCAAGAGCGUGCUGAAAGAGAAGAACAUUUAAGAUCAAGAAUGAGAGAGAUGGAUGAAAGAGAAAGGGAGAUUGUGAAAAGAGAAAAAGAAUUGAACCAAAUGAAAGCAGAAUUAGAACAUCAACGCUUUACAUCAAGAAUAGAAAAAUUUGCCCCACAUAGUAUUUAUAGUCAUAAGAACGAAUCUAGUGUAGAAAAACCAGAAGAGAAGAAAAACUCAGUUUCCAGUCCAGCACCCCCAAAACUUGCUACGUAUGAUGGCAAAUCAGAAUGGAGACCAUAUUUCACUCAAUUCAAUCACAUCGCUAAAAAGUACAAAUGGAAUGACUCAGACAAAUUAGAUAAGCUGAUUGAGUGUUUGAGAUACAAAGCAUUAAAGUUUUAUAGUUCAAGAGCUGAAAACGUACAACAAGAUUACAAAUUGCUCUGUCAGAAAUUGAAAGAACGAUUUGAUAAGAAGGACCAGCCACACAUUAUUCGAAGACAGCUGCAAGAGAUUAAACAAAAUCCAGAAGAAACGAUUGAAGAAUUUGCGGAGCGCAUUGAAGAACUUGCUGCUGAAGGAUAUCCAGAGACCCCUGAAUUCUUCAAAAACACCAUCACUGUCGAUGCUUUUCUUCGAGGCUGUACAGAGAAACGGGCUGCAUUGGUCACUCUUGAUAAAGAUCCACAAACUCUGGACCAGGCAAUUAACUACAUGAAAAGUUCCAUCACCAAUCAAAAAUUAAUAAUGGGCCCAAAGAAAGAGAUCAAAAGCGUUACAUUUGAGAACAUGAAAUCUGACGAUAGUCCAUCCAAAGACAUCAGUAUUCGAAUGGCAAGGAGUCCAUCACCACCAAAGCCUUCAUUAGAAUCAAGAAUUUCAGCUUUAGAAAAAGAGAGCAGGGAAACAACUAGACUGCUAAAGGAAAUUUUGAGAGUAUUGCAAGUGCCCGAUGAAGAAAGACAACCCAGAUCAAGAUUUCAGUGA